UUUUGAUCCAGUACAAACUGGUGUUCUUCCGAGUAUUACCAGUUAUACAAAAACAAGUAAUUGUUAUAAAUAUAAAAACUCAAUUUUCGCCAUAGUGUGAUUUUAAGGAGAGACGGAUAAAAAACUAAAAACAAAGAUAAGGAAUUGUCAAUUAUGGUCGGCAUGCGAUAUGAUCAUGACAAUUGUGAAAUGUAUAGUGGUAUAAUCAUUGGUAAUGGUUUACCUGUGGUAAAAAUGAAUUCAGGUUUUGACGCACAACAUUCUUAUGCUAUCAAACCAAACGGACACAUUCCAAAUGGUAACUCAACCAAAGGACAAAAUGGAAGCAUACAUCGAUCUGAAAAAUUGCUAAACGGAAAUGAAUAUACUUCGAAUGGCAAUGGUCAUAUACAUCAUAAUGACGAUGUCAAUGAAAAACAUGUGCCGCUUCCGGAAGAUGACGUUCGCAUGGAGAGAAGUCUAGGGCUAGUUAGUGGAACUGCUAUUAUAGCAGGCACAAUGAUCGGUUCCGGUAUAUUUGUUUCACCUAAAGGUGUAUUGGAAGGAGCCGGAUCUGUAGGAAUGAGUUUAGUCAUAUGGCUCAGUUGUGGUAUAAUAUCCAUGUUAGGAGCCCUGACCUAUGCUGAAUUAGGGACAACAAUCGCCCGUUCUGGUGGAGAGCAUGCAUAUCUCAUGGAAGCAUUCAAUCCAAACGAGAAACACAAAUGUUUUGGAAGAAUACCAGCGUUUUUAUUUGACUGGAUCAGUGUAUUUAUAAUUAGACCGUCCAUGUUUGCUAUCAUGUGCUUCACUCUCGGGACUUACGUUACUCAGCCUUUCUAUCACGACUGUGUUCCUCCUAUAUACUUAACAAAAAUAUUCACAGUUUUAGCAAUGGUCUUACUUUGUGUCAUCAAUUGUAUGAGCAUCAAAUUUGCUGAGAGAAUUCAAGUUGUCAUGAUGGUUGUCAAACUGUUGGCAGCUGCCAUUAUAGUGGGUGGUGGAUUUUAUAGUUUGUCGCAGGGAAAUACAGAAACCAUUGCCAGUGGGUUCGAGGGAACAGGGACAGAAACGUCGAUUAUAGUUCUGUCAUUUUAUAACGGAUUGUGGGCAUAUGACGGAUGGAAUAACUUAAACUUUGUGACUGAGGAACUUCAGAAUCCAAGAAAAAAUAUUCCACGAGCUAUAUGUAUAGCAAUACCUCUAGUCACAGUGGUUUAUAUAGUAGUAAAUAUUGGCUACUUUGCUGUACUUACUCAGGCAGAAAUACUAGAGUCGGGAGCAGUAGCAGUGGAAUGGGGUAAAAGAAUGUUAGGUGUUAUGCAAUGGGUUAUUCCUGUUUUUGUUGUUUGCUCGUGUUUUGGUUCCGCAAACGGAUCAUUAUUUUCAAGUGGACGAUUAUGUUAUGUAGCCGCUUAUGAUGGUCAUUUGCCGUCUGUGUUAUCAUUCUUACACUUACGGAGACACACUCCGAUCCCGUCCAUGAUAUUUACACUUAUAAUCUCAGCACUUUUAGUUGUUCCUUUUGACCUAAGUUCGUUGAUUGGUUUCUUCAGUUUUACUGCUUGGAUAUUCUAUGGUUUAACUGCCUCUACAGUACUCGUACUACGCUACAGAUUUAAGCAUAAAACUGAACACGACAACUAUCAGGUUCCUCUUGUGGUACCUAUUCUUGUUAUGAUUCUCUCUGUAUAUUUAGUGCUCGUUCCUUUAAUAUACUUACCGAAGCCAGAAUAUAUACAUGUUCUGAUAUUUAUGGCUGUUGGACUAUUAUUGUACUUUCUGUUAGUUUACAAAGAAGUAAAGAUUCCAUGUGUUGGUUUCGCAACUGAAUUUAUGCAGAAACUUUUUCUUAUUGUUCCACCAUCCGGGAAGACAGAAUAAGAUAUAUAGAUUAUUCAGCAAUCAAAACUCAAUGCAAAUCUGUUAUGAGAUGCUACAUACAGCAAGUUCAUAUGUUAAAUUUUAUUUGAAGUAUUGUUUCGUAUAAUAUUUGUAGCUUGAAUCUUGCACGAAAAUAAGGACAUCGACAAUAUCUUUUCAUACAUUUUUCUAUAUCAUAUACCAUUAUGAACAUUGCAUUUAUUUUUUCUCAACGGCAUUAUCAGUUGUACUUAGGAUAUUAUGUGAUUUUUAAACAAACUGGUAUGUGUAUACCAUUUAUCUUCCUUUUUCAUAUAUGUAUAUGUACCCAACCAUUUAGUAAAUAAGUUCUAAAUUGGAAGUUGACCUUAUUUGUUUUACAUUAAAAAGAAAGAGGCAGGAACCAUAAUUUCCCAGUAAAAACCAAUGUCAUCACAUGGAAAGGAAAUGUAUUUUACAGAAAUAGUCUAUCUUUGUUGUACAUACGACAAAUGUUAAUAGACACAAAAUAGUCAAAAUGUUACGUAAUUGUUUUGACAUGAUGUAACAAUAUUUUACUUUGAAUUGUUUGUUCGCAGUGGCGGAUUCAGAAAUUUUCAUAAGGAGGGCCUGAAUGUCUAAGAGGUAAUGCUCAAGUCAUGUCUAAGUGAUUCCAUAAAUAAUAAAUAAAACAUUACCACCAAAGGUGGGAUAGACAUCGCUCUAAAUCCGCGUCUGGUUUUGUAAAAUAAAACAAUUAUGGCCUAUUGAUUCGGUGAGUUACCCUCACUCGGGUUAUUAAUUUUUGAUAUUCAUCUCCUUACCAUGCCAUUGUUGUAUAUUAUUUGUAUAGCUUAUAGAUAAAUAAUUGCUCUCCAUGGAAAUUGUAAAUUUUGUAAAAAUACAUUGAAGUCAUCAAGAUUUUGAAGGCUUAUUUGCAGUAUUAAGCAUGACAACUUUUGUAUUGCAUCUUAUGUUUUUAUUUUUGUUAUAUCAUUAUUUUUGUGAAAGAUUUUUUUUGGUCAUUUAAUACAAC